AAAAUUGAAAAGCUCGAGACUUUUCAAGAAGCCUCUCUGCCCCCCCUCCACAACCCCCGAGAAGAGCUCAGCUCACCCAAGAAUUUCAUAAUAUAACGUCUCUCUCUCUCUCUUUCUCUUCUUCGGCCACUUUUCUCCGUCCUCAAGCAAUCCUCUCUCUCUCUCUCUCUCUCUCUCUCUCUCUCUACUUUGGUUCUGCUUCCCUGUCUCUCUCCUGCGCAAUGGCCUCGACGACGACGUCCUUCUCCGGGAUCAGCCUCCGGCCUCCUCGGCCGCUGCCGAGCUGCUGCAACCGGAGCGCGCUUCUCGCGACCCCGCGCUCGUCUCUCAGCUUCCCCAGCAGCUCGAAGCCGCUCGGGAGGGUUCGGCUGAAGAGGGAGGGCGGCGGCUUCCCCGGUGCCGGGAGGUUCGGGCGGGGCUCGCCGUCCAGGCCGCUCGUCGUGCGGUGCGAAGCUUCCGGUGGACGGAUCACGCAGCAAGAAUUUACAGAUAUGGCCUGGCAAGGGAUUGUUUCCUCACCAGAUAUUGCGAAAGAGAAUAAACAUCAGAUAGUGGAGACCGAACACUUGAUGAAGGCUCUAUUGGAGCAAAAGAAUGGGCUUGCCCGGCGGAUCUUCUCCAAGGCUGCAGUUGACAAUACCCGUCUCCUGGAGGCUACUGAUAAGUUCAUCCAACGGCAACCAAAGGUUCUUGGCGAGUCAGCUGGCUCAAUGUUAGGCCGUGAUUUAGAAGCCUUGAUCAACCGAGCUAGGGAAUUUAAGAAUGAGUAUGGGGAUUCAUUUGUCUCUGUCGAGCACUUGGUUCUUGGUUUUGCACAGGAUCCACGAUUUGGAAAACACCUAUUCAGGGAUUUUCAAAUAACUGAACAGAAGUUGAAAUCUGUGGUAGAAGCAGUAAGAGGGCGACAAUCUGUAAUUGAUCAAGAUCCAGAGGGGAAGUACGAAGCUCUGGAAAAAUAUGGGAAGGAUUUGACAGCUAUGGCAAGAGCUGGAAAGCUUGAUCCUGUCAUAGGAAGAGAUGAUGAAAUACGUAGGUGCAUUCAAAUUCUUUCCAGGAGAACAAAGAAUAAUCCUGUGCUAAUUGGUGAGCCUGGUGUUGGGAAGACUGCAAUAUCAGAGGGACUAGCCCAGAGAAUUGUGCAAGGUGAUGUUCCACAGGCUUUGAUGGAUCGUAAGCUUAUAUCCCUUGACAUGGGUGCCCUGAUAGCUGGAGCAAAAUAUCGAGGGGAAUUUGAAGAUAGGCUAAAAGCUGUACUGAAGGAAGUAACUGAAUCUGAUGGCCAGAUCAUCCUCUUUAUAGAUGAGAUUCAUACGGUAGUGGGCGCAGGUGCUACAAAUGGUGCAAUGGAUGCUGGCAACUUAUUGAAGCCAAUGCUUGGACGAGGGGAAUUGCGCUGUAUUGGUGCAACGACACUUGAUGAGUACCGCAAAUAUAUUGAGAAGGAUCCAGCUUUGGAGCGCCGUUUCCAGCAAGUCUAUGUGGAUCAACCUUCAGUUGAGGACACAAUAUCAAUACUUCGGGGAUUGCGUGAAAGAUAUGAGCUGCAUCACGGAGUCCGAAUUUCUGACAGUGCACUGGUAGCAGCAGCAAUUCUUUCUGACCGAUAUAUAAGUGGCCGAUUUUUACCUGACAAAGCUAUUGAUCUUGUGGAUGAAGCAGCUGCUAAGCUUAAGAUGGAAAUUACUUCAAAACCAACUGCUCUCGAUGAGAUCAAUCGGUCAGUCUUGAAACUGGAGAUGGAGAAGCUGUCACUAGCAAAUGAUACGGACAGGGCUUCAAAAGAGAGGUCGAGCCGCCUUGAGGCAGAGUUGGCUCUCUUGAAAGAAAGACAAGCUCAGCUUACUGAGCAAUGGGAGCAUGAAAAGUCUGUCAUGAUGCGAAUACAGUCCAUCAAAGAGGAGAUUGACAGAGUAAAUCUUGAAAUCCAGCAAGCUGAGCGGGAGUACGACCUUAAUCGUGCUGCUGAAUUGAAGUAUGGGAGCCUAAUUUCAUUGCAGCGCCAACUUGAAGAUGCAGAAAAAGAGCUAGAUGAGUACAUGCGCUCUGGAAAAUCUAUGCUUAGAGAAGAAGUAACAGAAAGUGAUAUUGCUGAAAUUGUUAGCAAAUGGACUGGUAUCCCGGUCUCCAAGCUGCAGCAGUCGGAGAGGGAGAAGUUAUUACAUCUUGAAGAAGAAUUGCAUAAGCGUGUUGUAGGUCAAGAGCCUGCAGUGAAAGCAGUUGCAGAAGCGAUCCAGCGUUCUCGAGCGGGAUUGUCAGAUCCUCACCGACCUAUUGCUAGUUUUAUGUUCAUGGGUCCUACAGGUGUUGGGAAAACAGAGUUGGCAAAGGCUCUUGCUGCUUAUUUGUUCAACACUGAGGAAGCGCUGGUACGAAUCGAUAUGAGUGAGUACAUGGAGAAGCAUGCAGUUUCAAGAUUAAUAGGUGCUCCACCAGGUUAUGUAGGGUAUGAGGAAGGAGGUCAAUUGACAGAAACGGUUCGCAGAAGACCUUAUUCUGUCAUUCUCUUCGAUGAGAUAGAGAAAGCUCACUCUGAUGUGUUUAACAUAUUUCUUCAGAUAUUAGAUGAUGGGAGGGUGACCGAUUCACAGGGUCGGACUGUGAGCUUCACUAACACGGUCAUAAUUAUGACUUCGAAUGUGGGUUCACAGUACAUUCUAGAUACUGAUGAUGAUACUUUACCCAAAGAAACUGCUUAUGAGACCAUCAAACAGAGGGUAAUGGAUGCUGCAAGGUCUAUCUUUCGCCCAGAGUUUAUGAACCGGGUCGAUGAAUAUAUAGUUUUCCAGCCUCUGGACCGUGAGCAGAUUAAUAGGAUUGUGAGAUUACAGUUGGAGCGUGUACAGGAGAGGAUUGCAGAUCGGAAAAUAAAACUAAUAUUGACAGAUGGAGCCAUCCAGCUGCUAGGGAGUCUUGGCUAUGAUCCAAACUACGGUGCGAGGCCGGUCAAGCGGGUGAUUCAGCAGCACGUCGAAAACGAACUCGCCAGGGGCAUCUUGAGGGGUGAAUUUAAGGAUGAAGACAUCAUCUUAAUAGACACGGAAGUCACGGCAUUUGCCAAUGGUCAACUUCCUCAGCAGAAGUUGGUGUUCAGGAAACAGGAUGGGGACUCGGAUAUGGCUGCCACAGGAGAUCGAGAAGCCCUCUCGCCUUCUGUCUGAAUGUUUUGAGUAAUUUGACCCCCUAUUUAAGGUUCUGAAUCAGUUCUUUUCUUAUACAGCAACAUAUAUAGGUCCCACACCUUUUCUUUCCUUUUUCUUCUACGGCGGGAAGGACCCAGGCUUCUGCCAGUGAACCCUUCUGUAAACCAAUACAUGCUCCGCAUGAAGUGUAUAAUGUGAGAUAAAUCCUUCGAGAGUUCA